CCUAAAUGCAAACAGAAACUCUGUGUGCCGCUGUCGCAUCCUGAACCCCAACGAACCGUGCAACCCAGACACCUCUCCUGGCUUUCCAGCCAACAGAGAGACGACGCGUGUCCUCUCUAGUGGAAAACCAACCGUGCCUCCCUCUCUGUCUCCGGGAAGUCCCUUCCCCCUCUUUCUCUCCCCCAACCUCCUCCUCCGUUGCGGUGCCCAAAAUCGGCAUUGCCCUCUUUUCCUCUCAAAAGUUUGGUCGCUUUUGAUCUCAUAUGCUCUUUUUUUUUUUGUUUGUUUCCUGGUAAUUCUUUUCCUCUUUUAUCUCGAUUUUAAUCUCUGGUCUCUUUCUUGGAAAUAUUCAUUCAUGAUUUUGAUAUCGAGUAGGGUUCUACGGUUCAUUUUUUAUCGCGCAUUUUUUCUUUUCUUGUACGGAGACUAGGCGAGGUUUCUUGAUCGCCGUGCAUUAAUGGGCUUCUCGACGAUGUAAAUUGCGUAUUCUAUCAAAGAGGUCAUAUACAUCUCAUUCGUUUGGUAAUUUGAUGAAUAUCUUGAGUUUUUUGUGCUCUAAUUCGGUAAAAGAAGAACCGUAUGCAACUGGUCGAUACAUUGUAAUGCUCAUCGUAUUUUCACAGACAACAUUAGAUUUCUUUUUCUUCUUUUCGACAGAAUCCAGCGAUAUUCGGCGCCGCCAUGGCUCCAACACCUGAGCGGAAGAAGGAUUAUUUGUCUAUGGAUUUGUCUCGUCUUCUGACUUCUGCAGGCAUAAAUAUAGGCAUCUGCGCGCUGUUCUUGUCGCUGUAUUCGGUCUUCAGGAAACAGCCAGGGAACGUUUAUGUGUAUUUCGGGCGGAGGCUUUCCCAAGAGGAUGGCAAACUCCAGAACAUCAACGCUUUGGAAAGAUUUGUGCCCUCUGCUAGCUGGAUCGUGAAGGCUUGGCAGAUUACAGAAGAUGAACUGCUGUCAUUUGCUGGAAUAGAUGCAGUGGUAUUCCUCAGAGUACUUGUUUUCAGCAUCCGUAUCUUCUCCAUAGCUACCGUGGUGUGCAUAUUUGGAGUUCUUCCUGUCAAUUAUUUUGGCGAAGUAAAGAAACAUAUGGCCAUCCGUCCAGAGGCAUUAUUUGUAUUUACCAUUGCAAAUGUCAAGGAUGAGUCUCAGUGGCUUUGGGUUCACUGUGUUGCAUUGUAUAUUAUAACCCUUUCAGCUUGUAUUCUUCUUUAUUUUGAAUACAAGAGCAUUUCUGGAAUGAGGCUUGCACAUAUUAGUAACUCGCCCCCCAAUCCCAGUCAUUUUUCUGUUCUUGUCCGUUCUGUCCCAAGGUCUUCAAAUGAAUCUUUGGACGAUGCCAUCAAAAACUUCUUCACAAAUUAUCAUGGAUUAAGUUACUUAUCACAUCAAACAGUUCAUCGAGCAGGGAAAGUUCAUAAAUUUAUGUCUACUGCAGAGAAGGUUUAUAAGAAGUUUGUACGUUUAAAGGUUACUCAGUUUGACCACAAAUGCAGAGCUAAUAAAUACAGAUGCGGCCUUUGUGGAGGAACAUCAAAUUCUUUCCAGCUGUACCAUGAUGACUUUGAGCCUGAUGCAAAUAAAGGAGGCCAAGACCGUUCGGAAAGAAAUGCUGAGAAAAAGGAAUGCUCGGCUGCUUUUGUUUUUUUCAAGACCCGCUAUGCUGCAGUUGUUGCUUCACAGGUUCUUCAGUCAUCAAACCCCAUGCUAUGGGUCACAGACCCCGCUCCAGAACCACAUGAUGUUUAUUGGCCAAACCUUUGGAUACCAUACAGACAGCUUUGGAUUCGUCGGAUAACAAUUCUUGUAGCUAGUACUUUUCUUAUGAUUCUGUUAGUUCCUCCAAUCACACUUUUACAAGGUUUAACGCAACUGGAAGAAUUGAAAGAGAAGCUACCCUUUGUGAACAUUAUAAUUAAGAGGAAUAUCUUGGUGCGACUAGUGUCAGGCUACCUUCCUAGUGUCCUUUUACAGCUACUCAUCUAUACUGUUCCUCCAAUAAUGAUGCUAUUUUCUGCUGUUGAAGGACCUAUUUCCCGCAGCGGCAGAAAAAAGAGCGCUUGUUGCAAAGUAUUAUAUUUUACCAUCUGGACUGUCUUUUUUGUUAAUGUUAUAUCUGGUACAGUCCUAAACAAGCUGGAUGUCAUUUCUACACCAAAAGACAUUCCUUCCUUGCUUGCCAAAGCUGUUCCUGAGCAGUCAACAUUUUUCAUGACUCAUGUUCUGACAUCAGGAUGGGCAAGUUUAUCUUCUGAAAUAAUGCAAACUUUUGCCCUAGUAUACAAUUUUGUGAGAAAAAAUAUACUCCGACUUCAGGAAGAUCCAGAGUCUGUUCCAUCCUUUCCAUAUCACACUGAAGUUCCAAGAGUUCUCGUGUUCGGCCUACUUGGUUUCACUUGUUCCAUUUUGGCACCUCUAAUAUUGCCCUUCUUGCUGGUGUACUUCUUCCUUGGUUAUGUGGUGUAUCGCAACCAGAUUAUGAAUGUAUAUUGUUCAAAAUAUGAAUCUGGAGGGCAAAUGUGGCCCAUUGUGCACAACACAGCAAUCUUCUCUCUAAUACUGACACAGAUAAUAGCUCUUGGAGUUUUUGGGAUGAAGAGAUAUCCAGGUGCUUCAGGUUUCACCAUUCCUCUUGUGAUUGCUACAAUCCUCUUCAAUGAAUACUGCAGGCAGCGGUUUUACCCCAUGUUCAAUAAUAUAUCUGCACAGGAUCUUAUCGAGAUGGACCGAGAUGACGAGCAAUCUGGCAGGAUGGAAGAAAUUCAUCAACUGCUGCUCACAGCUUAUUGCCAGUCCGCACCAGCUGCUACCUCUCCGGAUGUAGGUGAUGACGAUGGAUCAAUCAUUAGUAAAGUCAGCAUAACAGACCGCUCUCAUGAAAUCAGUAUCACUGCACACCCAACUUGGGACUCUCGUGCCUAGUACAAAGACAUGCAGCAUCUCACCUUAUCAGGAUAUGAUUCAUCAAUGUAAAGUUGCCUAUUUGACUUCUUUUUUUUUUUUUGGUUGCCAUCAACCACAGAUAGUAUAGGCGCUUAUGGAACAGCAGCGUUGUUUUGUAAAUAUUGUUUAUCAUUGGGAUCUUCUCUUUAUACCACUGUUCCCAAUGAAUUGAAUCAAACAGCUUAAGGAUCCAGGAAUCUCAGUUCACUGCUGAAUAUCACAAUUGAAAGGCUUAUCACUUCACA